AUGGCCAUCUCCAUCCCCAUCGAAGCGAUCACCUCGCGCUUUGGUGACCGUUUCAACAACCUCCGCAGCACCUCCCUGAGCUCUCGAUUUGCCAACUUGCGUCCCGUCUCCGAGUUCCUGGACAUCAAGCGCCUGUCCAAGCCCGCCAACUUUGGAGAAGCCCAAAGCCGAGUUAACUACAACUUGUCCUACUUCUCUAGCAACUAUGCCGUCGUGUUUGUUAUGCUCAGCAUCUACAGCCUGCUGACCAACCUGGUCCUGCUCUUCGACAUGGUCUUCGUCAGCGUCGGACUCUACGGAAUCAACAUGCUCCAAGGUCGUGAUUUGGACCUGGGAUUCUCCCGCUUCACAACAUCCCAGCUUUACACCGGACUCCUCAUCGUCGGUGUUCCUGUGGGCAUUUGGGCCUCGCCGCUCAGCACCGCUCUGUGGUUGAUCGGCGCCACUGGCGUGACCGUCUUCGGCCACGCCGCUUUGCUGGAUAAGCCAAUCGAGAAUGCUUUUUCCGAGGAGGCGGUUUAG